UGCCCAGAGCCCAUCGUCCACCAAGAAGCCUCGGAGCCGCAGCAUCCUCCAGUCCCUCUUCUGCUGCUUGUGCCACGAUGACACGGAGCCCUUCUCCGUCAACAACAACGCCCCGCUGCUGGUGGAGGAGAACGGCACGGCCCAAGGUACCCCCCCCCGCCCGCCAGGCCCCUCCGUGCACCCCUCACGUGCCUGUACCCCUUGUGGGUGCACGAGAUGGGCUGUGAAGCGUUUGGCUCUGGGGUGCAGUGCUGGGAUGUGCCUGAGCCGCAGCUGCCUUUCCUCAGUGCUUCCCCUGUGUGAGGCAAGGGAGUACAGGGCACAAAAGGGACCUGCUCCCAUGUCUGUUCUCCUCCCUUGGGCUGGGCAUGGGUCAGGAGGGCGAGUCCCUUGCCAUGCCCCCAGCCCCAGGUCUGUGUCUCUGCCGCAGGCUGCCGUCAAACACCUCCUGCCUGAGAUCAAGCCGCAGGACACCAGCAAGCUGUGCGUGGUCAUCGACCUGGAUGAGACGCUGGUGCACAGCUCCUUCAAGCCGGUGAACAACGCUGACUUCAUCAUUCCCGUGGAAAUCGAUGGCAUCAUGCACCAGGUGUACGUGCUAAAGCGGCCGCACGUGGACGAGUUCCUGCAGCGCAUGGGCGAGCUGUUCGAGUGCGUGCUCUUCACUGCCAGCCUGGCCAAGUAUGCAGACCCCGUGGCCGACCUGCUGGAUAAAUGGGGGGCUUUCCGGGCCCGGCUCUUCCGGGAAUCCUGCGUCUUCCACCGGGGCAAUUACGUGAAGGACCUGAGCCGCUUGGGCCGCGACCUGCGCCGGAUCAUCAUCGUGGACAACUCACCCGCCUCCUACAUCUUCCACCCUGACAAUGCCGUGCCCGUGGCCUCGUGGUUCGAUAACAUGGCAGACACGGAGCUGCUAGACCUGCUGCCCUUCUUCGAGAGACUCAGCAAAGUGGACGACGUUUACACAGUGCUCAAGAAACACCGGACUAACAGCUAGUGCCCCCCGGGCGCCCGCCUGCCCGUGCCCCCGGGCUGUCCCA